AUGGGAUUCACUGGAGUCAUAAAUGGAAAGAUGUACAAAAGAUGCUUCUCCAAAGCAUAUAGGUACUUAAUACACUGCAUGAUACACUCAAUGGGACAUAGAAAAGGAGCAUAUGAUGAGGUUGCUGACUACAUCAUGAAUAUGAUAACAAGCUUGGUGCUAAACAGAAGGUACAACAUUUCACAAGUGAUCUUUGAAUACAUGAAGGAGAAUUGUGAAGCUGGAGCAGAUAAGUACAUCAUGUAUCCUAGAUUCAUCAUGAUGUUGCUAAAUGACAAAAUCAAAGAUCUUCCGAAGGAUUGUGAGGAUGUGAUGGAGAUGAGUGUUGUAAAUAAGACAACAAUAGGAAGAGUUACAAAGGAUAAGGAUGAGAAAACCAAGCAGAUGAUUUGCAUAAUUAAAGAUAAAGCAUAUGUUGCUCCUGAAAACGAUAAAUGGAGACAUGACGACAGCAACUCAGACAAUGAAGAUUCAAAGAUGAGUGAGAUGGUUGAGAAAAAGACUAGGUGGUGGCAUGUUAGAGAUGGAAAAACGAAAAGGACACCUAAGUCAUCCCCUACGGUUGUUAUUCCUAAAGAAGGAGAAAAAGGGUCUUCUGGAGAGCCGCAGAAGAAGCUAGUGGAUGAGACAGUUCUAGAGCCAUCUGUGGUGAUUGAACAAGGUGCUGAUUUGUUAAAGCAAUCUUUGGAAAGCUAUCUGAAAAAGAACGAAGAAGUUGCAGCACAACAAGCUCUAGGAACAAGUGCUCAUGCUGAAAAGGUUACAAGGGUUCAACCAGAUACAGAAGCUUUAAGGAGUUCAAGUGAUGGAGAUUCUGAAGCUACUCAAUCUGAAUCUGAAUUAAUUCCUGAAACUGUUGGUAAAGGAAAAGUUCAGUUGAAGAAAAGACCGUCAAAGAAACAAAAGGGUUCAGAUGAAGAAGAUUCUCCUUACGAUCCUGAAAAGUCAAAGAGACAGAGAAAGAAACGAAAGGCAGCUCCAGUGGGUGUAAUUCCCAGAAAUGUCAGAUCAAAGAAAUCAGGAGCUGAAUCACAAAAAGAUAAAGAAGGAAAGGCAGCUCAACAUGUUCAGAAAGAAAAAUCACCAAGUAUUGAUGUUCCAAAAGAACCGGAGGUGAAAACAAAAGAAGUUCCAGUUGUGGAAACAGAAAAGAAGACAAGUGAUGAUGAUUAUGUAGAGAUCACUGGAUUCAGAGCUGCUAGUCCAAAACCUGCUCAACAAGAGAUUCGUCAGUCAUCACAACGGAAAGUAAAAGACUUUAACUUUGAUUUUCAUAAUAUUGGCUCGGCUACUGGUAUUUUCUCUGAAGAUAUGCUUGAAGGUGAAAGUGAUAUGUUCAAUGAUCAGGCGGUUAAAGAUCUAACUAAGAAAGUUAAAGAACUGGAAAAAGAGAAAGCAAAAGCUGAGGAAGAACGUAAUAUGCUGAGAAGUCAAAUUGAUGAAUUGAUGGAAGCUCACGAUAAAAUAGUUGCAGCAUUGGUUGAAAAGGAGAAAAGAAUGAAUCAAAUGAAGGAUGAGGCCGAGGGUAAUUCUAAAGUGUUUGAGUCGUUAACACAAGAGAUAUCUUCUUUGAAUGCCAAGACAAAGGACUUGGAGAAUGUGAAUCAAACGUUAAAUCAGCUUCUUAAUGAGCUGAGUGAAGCUUUGUCUAAUGAAAUGAAGGCAAUGAAAUUAGAGAUGGAGGCUAUGAAAGCUGAUAAAGUAAUGAAAGAUCAACAACUUCAGAUGCUGGUUGCUGUGGUUGAAAGUCAUUUGAAGAUGAACAUUCAUGCUGCAUUUGACGAAAUUGAUGUGAUAAGAGCAAACGAAAGGAGAUUGGAGCGUGAACGUCAAAUGGCUGAAGAAGCAAAUCUAAAGAACAAAGGAAUAAUUGAAGAAGUUGAGAUAGUCGAUGCAUCUUCAAGUCAACCAGAGGUUGGAGGUUCUUCUUCGCAACCUGAUAUUGAAAUGAUUGAAGAGGUUGAGGUUCAAGAACAAGAAGUUGUUGAAGAUGAUCAAGAGAUGGUUGAAGCAGAAGCUCAAGAGCCUCAUGAACCAGAAUACUUGAUUGUUGGUGAACCUAUUGAGCCUAUUAUUGCUGAAAAUGUCCUUCGAAGAGUUGAAAUUAUUCAAAGAAGAAGAAGAGCAAGGGAAGUUCUACUGCUGGAGUAUACAACUGACAAAUUUGUGUUAGUUGGAAAUGCUUACCCUGUGCCAUAUAAUUCUAAAGAAGUGGCAAAGUUGCUAAAGUUUAUGGAUCUAAAAAGAAAAGGAAGGAUAGCAUGA